CCGGCAAUCGAUAGUUCCGCAUCUGCUGUGUUGGGCCGGCAAAUUGUUUAACUUACUAAAUAGUUUAAUAAUGUUUUAAGUAGUUGCGCCGCGAAGCAAACCAGACGACCGCAAUGUUUUCCAUGUGCAAGCAGACGCACGCCGCCACGGCGCUGGAGUUUUCGAUAGCGUGCCGCUUCUUCAACAACCUGGAGGAGAACCUGGUGGUGGCGGGCGCCAAUGUGCUGAAGGUGUACCGCAUUUCGCCCAACGUGGAGGCGGGCCAGCGCCAGAAGCUGAAUCCCAGCGAGAUGAGGUUGGCGCCCAAGAUGCGGCUGGAGUGCUUGGCCACGUACUCGCUCUACGGAAACGUGAUGUCGCUGCAGUGCGUCUCCUUGGCGGGAGCCAUGCGGGAUGCCCUGCUGAUCAGUUUUAAGGACGCCAAGCUAUCGGUUCUGCAGCACGAUCCGGAUACGUUCGCCCUGAAGACCCUCUCCCUUCACUAUUUCGAGGAGGACGACAUCCGAGGCGGCUGGACUGGUCGCUAUUUUGUGCCCACCGUGCGCGUGGAUCCCGAUUCCAGGUGCGCCGUCAUGUUGGUCUACGGCAAACGGCUGGUGGUCCUGCCCUUUCGCAAGGACAACAGCCUGGACGAGAUCGAGUUGGCGGAUGUGAAGCCAAUCAAGAAGGCGCCCACCGCCAUGGUCAGCAGAACACCCAUUAUGGCCUCGUAUCUGAUAGCUCUACGGGAUCUGGACGAGAAGAUCGACAAUGUGCUGGACAUACAGUUCCUGCACGGCUACUACGAGCCCACGCUGCUCAUCCUCUACGAGCCUGUGCGCACGUGUCCGGGAAGGAUUAAGGUGCGCUCGGAUACCUGCGUAUUGGUGGCCAUUUCGUUGAAUAUCCAGCAGCGGGUGCAUCCUAUUAUCUGGACGGUCAACAGCCUGCCGUUCGACUGUCUGCAGGUGUAUCCCAUCCAGAAGCCCAUUGGUGGUUGCUUGGUAAUGACCGUGAAUGCAGUGAUCUACCUCAACCAGAGUGUUCCUCCAUAUGGCGUCAGCUUAAACAGCUCGGCGGAUAACAGCACCGCGUUUCCGCUGAAGCCACAGGAUGGAGUUCGCAUAAGCUUGGACUGCGCCAACUUCGCGUUUAUCGAUGUGGAUAAGCUGGUAAUCUCCCUCCGCACUGGAGAGCUCUACGUCCUCACACUUUGCGUUGACUCGAUGAGGACGGUGAGAAAUUUCCAUUUCCACAAAGCAGCCGCCAGCGUGCUAACCAGUUGCAUCUGCGUUCUGCAUUCCGAGUACAUCUUCCUGGGAUCGCGUCUGGGAAACUCCCUGCUGCUGCACUUCACGGAGGAGGAUCAGAGCACGGUCAUUACUUUGGACGAUGUGGAGCAACAGGCGGAACAGCAGCAGAGAAAUCUGCAGGAAGAGGAACAGAAUCUGGAGGAGAUUUUUGAUGUUGAUCAAAUGGAACUGGCGCCCACUCAAGCAAAGUCGCGGCGAAUCGAGGACGAGGAAUUGGAAGUGUACGGCUCAGGAGCUAAGACUUCGGUACUCCAGCUGCGCAAGUUCAUCUUUGAGGUAUGCGACAGUCUCAUCAACGUGGCUCCCAUUAACUACAUGUGCGCCGGAGAAAGAGUGGAAUUCGAGGAGGACGGAGCCACUUUGCGACCGCAUGCGGAAUCGCUGAAUGAGCUGAAGAUCGAGCUGGUCGCUGCCACUGGUCACAGCAAAAACGGAGCUCUAUCCGUGUUUGUGAACUGCAUUAAUCCCCAGAUUAUUACCAGCUUUGAGCUAGACGGCUGCCUCGAUGUGUGGACCGUGUUUGAUGAUGCCACCAAAAAGUCCUCGCGGCACGAUCAGCAUGAUUUUAUGUUGCUUUCGCAAAGGAAUUCUACAUUGGUUCUUCAAACAGGACAGGAAAUCAACGAGAUCGAGAAUACCGGAUUUACGGUGAAUCAACCGACGAUAUUUGUGGGUAAUCUUGGACAGCAGAGGUUCAUAGUUCAGAUCACCACUCGUCAUGUCAGAUUACUGCAGGGCACGCGUCUUAUCCAGAAUGUGCCCAUCGAUGUGGGCUCACCGGUGGUGCAGGUGUCCAUAGCAGAUCCAUACGUUUGCCUUCGGGUGCUAAAUGGUCAGGUUAUUACGUUGGCACUGCGAGAGACACGCGGAACUCCCCGUCUGGCCAUCAAUAAGCACACCAUUAGCAGUUCACCCGCCGUGGUUGCCAUCUCCGCGUAUAAGGAUCUAUCUGGACUAUUCACAGUCAAAGGGGAUGAUGUCAAUCUGACGGGAGGCUCGAGCAGUGGAUUUGGCCACACUUUCGGUGGCUACAUGAAGGCAGAGCCCAAUAUGAAGGUGGAGGACGAGGAAGAUCUGCUCUAUGGCGAUGCCGGAAGUGCAUUCAAGAUGAAUAGCAUGGCUGAUUUAGCCAAGCAGUCAAAACAGAAAAACUCGGACUGGUGGCGACGCCUCCUGGUGCAAGCAAAGCCCAGCUAUUGGCUGGUCGUAGCACGCCAGAGUGGCACCUUGGAGAUAUACUCCAUGCCGGACAUGAAGCUGGUGUAUCUCGUGAACGAUGUGGGCAAUGGAGCUAUGGUUCUUACGGAUGCCAUGGAAUUCGUGCCCAUUUCGCUAACCACGCAGGAAAACUCUAAGGCGGGCAUUGUCCAGGCUUGUAUGCCGCAGCACGCCAACUCCCCGCUGCCGCUGGAACUGAGCGUCAUUGGUUUGGGACUCAACGGAGAGAGACCUCUGCUUUUCGUUCGAACCCGAGUGGAGCUGCUCAUAUACCAGGUCUUCCGGUAUCCGAAGGGACAUCUUAAGAUACGCUUCCGCAAGCUAGAGCAACUAAAUCUUCUGGACCAACAGCCGUCGCAUAUUGAGUUGGAUGAGAACGAAGAGCAGGAGGAGAUCGAAUCCUAUCAAAUGCAACCGAAGUAUGUUCAAAAACUUCGCCCAUUUGCCAACGUUGGAGGACUGUCUGGCAUUAUGGUGUGUGGAGUGAAUCCGUGUUUUGUUUUCCUUACUUCCCGUGGAGAACUUCGUAUCCAUCGGCUGCUGGGAAAUGGUGAUGUGCGCAGUUUUGCCGCAUUUAACAAUAUCAAUAUACCAAAUGGAUUCCUGUAUUUUGACACCACCUUUGAGCUAAAGAUCUCUGUGCUGCCCAGCUAUCUGAGCUACGACUCUCAGUGGCCGGUGCGCAAAGUACCACUGAGAUGCACGCCUAGGCAACUGGUUUACCACCGGGAAAAUCGAGUUUAUUGCUUGAUCACCCAAACGGAAGAGCCUAUGACCAAGUACUAUCGGUUUAAUGGAGAGGAUAAGGAGCUGUCUGAGGAAAGUCGUGGCGAGAGGUUUAUCUACCCCAUUGGCUCGCAGUUCGAAAUGGUUUUAAUAUCCCCCGAAACCUGGGAAAUAGUUCCCGAUGCGUCCAUUACCUUUGAGCCCUGGGAGCAUGUCACCGCAUUCAAGAUCGUAAAGUUGUCCUACGAAGGUACGAGAUCUGGUCUCAAGGAAUACCUUUGCAUAGGAACCAACUUUAACUACAGCGAGGAUAUCACCAGCAGGGGAAAUAUUCAUAUCUAUGACAUCAUCGAAGUGGUUCCCGAACCCGGAAAACCAAUGACCAAAUUUAAGCUAAAGGAGGUCUUCAAGAAAGAGCAAAAGGGACCCGUAUCGGCCAUUUCAGAUGUGCUCGGUUUUCUGGUCACUGGCUUGGGCCAGAAGAUUUACAUUUGGCAGCUGCGCGAUGGAGAUCUAAUUGGCGUGGCUUUCAUAGAUACGAAUAUCUAUGUGCACCAGAUUAUCACUGUCAAAUCGCUGAUAUUUAUCGCAGAUGUUUACAAAUCAAUUAGUUUACUGCGCUUCCAAGAGGAGUAUCGCACUUUGUCGCUGGCAUCGCGAGAUUUUAAUCCGCUGGAGGUCUAUGGUAUCGAAUUCAUGGUAGACAACUCCAAUCUGGGCUUCCUGGUCACAGAUGCUGAGCGCAAUUUAAUUGUUUAUAUGUAUCAGCCGGAGGCCAGGGAAUCACUGGGUGGCCAGAAACUGCUCCGCAAGGCGGACUAUCAUCUGGGACAGGUGGUGAACACCAUGUUCCGUGUGCAGUGCCAUCAAAAGGGACUUCAUCAACGCCAACCCUUCCUCUACGAAAACAAACACUUUGUGGUCUACGGCACCCUCGAUGGAGCUCUGGGAUAUUGCCUGCCACUGCCAGAGAAAGUGUACAGGCGAUUCCUUAUGCUGCAGAAUGUCCUCCUCUCCUACCAGGAUCACCUGUGUGGCCUCAAUCCCAAGGAGUACCGCACUCUCAAAUCGUUCAAGAAGCAAGGCAUCAAUCCCUCGCGAUGCAUCAUCGAUGGAGAUUUAAUCUGGUCAUAUCGGCUAAUGGCCAAUUCGGAGCGCAAUGAAGUGGCCAAGAAGAUCGGCACGCGGACGGAGGAAAUUCUUGCGGAUCUGCUGGAGAUCGAGAGACUGGCCAGCGUUUUCUAGACACCCUUCGCUUUAAAAAUGUAAAGUUUUAGUUGGUAGCCAUAUUGUAGUUUAUGUUACGAGUUUCUCAGUUGUAAUUUUAGUUUUGUAAUCCAAUCGAAAGCCACAACAAAGUAUUUUGUUAAGUAAACUUCAAAGUUUUGUAUGAUUUUUGGGAUCGGCAAGGAAUCUUUAGUCGGAAAGUAAUAAAAAGAAGCUUGUCCAUUUU